AUGAUUUCUGAACCUAUUACACCAAUCAUCCAGAAAAUUGAUACGCCUCAGUUUAAGGCACUUUUUACUCCCGAACUUGUCAAGCUUAAUGAUCUCUUCAAAACGAAUAAUUUUCAAUUGCGUAUGGCUGGUGGUGCAGUUCGUGAUCUAUUAAUGGGUAUAAAACCAUCUGAUGUUGAUUUUGCGACAAAUGCAACACCAGAUGAAAUGAAGGAAUUAUUUGUCCGAGAAGGUAUCCGAAUGUUGAAUAAAAAUGGUGAGGAACAUGGAACGAUUACUUGUCGUAUCGAUGAUAAAGAAAAUUUUGAAAUUACAACUUUAAGGAUUGAUAUUGUUUGUGAUGGACGUCGAGCAAAGAUUGAAUUCACAACCAAUUGGCAGCUCGAUGCAAAUAGGCGUGAUCUGACGGUUAAUUCACUUUUCUUAGAUUUGGAUGGCACCGUCAUCGAUUAUUUCGGUGGAAUAAAAGAUUUGGAAAAACGGCAAAUUGUUUUUGUAGGCGACGCAAAUCAAAGGAUUCAGGAAGAUUAUUUGAGGAUACUGCGAUAUUUCCGUUUUUUUGGUCGACUGGCACUAGACGAUGAAGCACACGAGAAAGCAACAUUGGAUGCGAUUAUUUCGAAUGGUGGUGGCCUAAAAGAUAUAAGUGGUGAACGAAUUUGGAUGGAAUUGAAGAAAAUUUGUGUUGGCCGUCUAGGUGGUGCAGUAUUAACAACAAUGCUAAAACAAUGUAAUCUAGCUUCUUUGUUGGGACUUCCAGAAAAUGCGGAUACAGCAUACUUGUGCAGUUUGCACAAACGUUAUUAUCCCAAAAUAGAAGCUAUGACUUUGUUGUCGUCAUUGUUCAUUGAAAUGGAACAAAUUGAAAUAUUUCACAAAAGAUGCAAAUUAUCGUAUGCCGAAAGAACGUUAGCCGAAUUUAUAUUUGAACAUCGUGACGGGGCAAAAAAGAAUGCCAGUUCAAUUUUAUUUUUCAAAAAUAUCUUGUUGAAUGAAGAACGAUUGCAUAAGCUUACAAGGAAGAAAGUCCAGACAAGCCGAGAAAAAGUGAUCGAAUUAGCAAAAUAUGCAAUGGUUGAUGACGAAAUGAUUAACGAGUUGAAUAUUUGGAGACCGCCAAUAUUCCCCGUCGGCGGAGUUGACUUAAUGCAUAACAAUAUUCCACCUGGACCACAUGUUAAACAGAUUCUCGAUCAUCUUUUUAAAAUAUGGAUCGAGAGUGGAUGGAUGAUGAGCAAAGAAGAGUUGUUAACGCAUGUCAAUGAUAUCGAAUGGGAUGAGAAAAUUCGUCCAAGGUGCAAACGAAAGCACAGCAUUGGUACCAAAUGA